AUGGACGAAGUGAAUGCUUCUAUUGUUCCUGAAUUUGUUUUGCUGGGACUUGCACAAUCAUUUGGAACACAGCUUUUCUUUGGCCUCUUCUUCUCCUUAUUUUAUGUGGGAAUUCUUUUUGGAAACCUCUUCAUUGUGUUCAUAGUGAUUGUGGAUUCUCACUUACACUUCCCCAUGUAUAUUCUACUGGCCAACCUUUCACUCAUUGACUUGGGCCUUUCAUCUACAGCAAUUCCUAGGACAAUAUCUGAUCUUUUUACUGGUUGUAAAGUCAUUUCUUUCCACAACUGCAUGAUACAAAUGUUCUUCAUUCAUGUGAUGGGUGGAGUUGAGAUGGUACUGCUCAUAGUCAUGGCAUAUGACAGAUAUACAGCAAUCUGCAAGCCUCUUCACUACCUUAUGAUCAUGAAUCCAAAAAAAUGUAUAAGUUUGGUAAUAGCUGCUUGGGUCAUAGGGAUGAUUCAUGCAGUGUCUCAGUUUCUGUUUGUCAUAAAUUUACCCUUCUGUGCUCCCUAUAAUGUAGGAAGCUUUUAUUGUGAUUUUCCAAGGGUCAUUAAACUUGCAUGCAUGGACACUUAUAAACUGGAAUUUGUGGUCUCUGCCAACAGUGGCUUUAUUUCUAUGUGUACAUUCUUCUUCUUGAUUACAUCAUACAUUUUUAUCCUGGUCACUGUACGACAACAUUCUUCAACGGAUUUAUCCAAAGCAUUUUUCACCUUGUCAGCUCACAUCGCUGUAGUGGUUUUGUUUUUCAUACCAUGCAUGUUUCUCUAUGUAUGGCCUUUUCCGACUAAAUCGCUUGAUAAUUUCUUUGCUAUUGUUGACUUUGCUCUCACUCCUAUCUUAAAUCCUGCUAUCUAUACUUUAAGGAAUAAAGAUAUGAGACUGGCCAUCAGAAGGCUAAGUAGACAGGUUUUAAGCUCUAGGCAAUUUACAUAG